CACAAUGCCCCGCGCUGGGAGCGAACCCGGAAAAGGAUCCCGUGAAGAUGGAAGGAAAGGGGGCCGGAAGUUGUGGGAAGGGAAAUCGGAAGGUGUGGAUUAGAAUGAGCAAACGUAAAUUGAAGGAAGAUAGCUUUACAAACAGGGAAUGUAUUUCAAAGGUACAAAGAAUAUUACGUGAAAGAUUUUGUCAUCAGAAUACAAAUGGAAAAUUAUUUGGAAUUGAACUCCAGUGCAAGCAGUUACUUGAACUGUUAAAACGCACUGCUAUUCAUGGUGAAAGCAAUUCUGUACUCAUUAUUGGACCUCGAGGAUCAGGAAAGACUGUGUUACUAUGUCAUGUCUUAAAAAAGCUCAUGGAAGUAAAGCAAGUAAGGGAUAACACCUUACAGGUUCAAUUGAAUGGAUUAUUACAGACAAAUGAUAAAAUUGCUCUUAAGGAGAUAACAAGACAACUGAAUCUGGAAAAUGUGGUUGGAGAUAAAGUUUUUGGUAGUUUUGCAGAAAACCUUGCUUUUCUUCUGGAAGCAUUAAAGAAAGGUGAUCGUGCUCACAGCUGUCCAGUGCUGUUUGUACUAGAUGAGUUUGAUCUGUUUGUUCAUCAUAAGAACCAGACACUGCUGUAUAAUCUCUUCGAUGUAUCACAGUCAGCACAGACUCCUGUAGCUGUCAUUGGUCUGACUAGUAGAUUGGAUAUUCUAGAACUCAUGGAGAAGCGGGUGAAGUCAAGAUUUUCACACCGUCAAAUAUAUUUAAUGAAUUUCUUUGACUUCAAAAAGUAUCUGAGUAUUUGUAAAGAACAAUUAUCCCUACCUCCAGAAUUUCCAGAAAAAUUGUUUAUUCAGAAAUGGAAUAAGAACAUACAGAUUCUCUUGGAAGACCAAAGAGCGCAGGAUGUACUGAAAAAUCUAUUCUAUUUUAGUAAAGAUCUGCAGUACCUAUCCAUGUUGUUGAUGUUUGCAUUAAAUAAUGUAAAUGCCUCUCACCCAUACAUCACUGUAUCAGAUCUUCUUGAAGCAAGCAGACUUUGUAGAAUGGACUCAAAAGCAAAUAUUGUACAUGGUCUGUCUGUAUUGGAAUUCUGCCUUGUUAUAGCUAUGAAACAUUUAAAUGAUACUUAUGAAGGAGAGCCAUUUAAUUUUCAGAUGGUUUAUAAUGAGUAUCAGAAGUUUGUUCAGAGAAAAGCACAUACAGUAUAUAGUUUUGAGAAGCCUGUUGUUCUGAAGGCUUUUGAACAUCUGCAGCAUCUUGAGUUGAUAAAGCCUGUUGAAGGGCCAUCCUUCUGUGCACAGAAAGAAUACUUAUUAAUGAAACUGCUUUUGGACAACAGCCAAAUUAUGGAUGCUUUGCAGGUCUACCCAAAUUGCCCCACAGAUGUUAAACAGUGGGCUGUGUCUUCAGUGAACUGACUGUAAUUGUUAGAGGGUUGAAUUUCACGGAAGCUAAUACUUAACCAGAUGUGGAAUUAUUGUCAGUGGAAAGCUGCUUCGUGCAAUUAUGGACAUUUGCGAUUAGUUGCACAGUGUACAAGUUAAAAUAUGAGCAAGAUUUUUCUUUGAUAAAAAAGCAAAGUUUUCAAGGAUGUAAAUCAUUUUCACCUAAGUCUUAUUUAAAUUGUUUUCCAUGUUGUAAAUUAAAUUAAACUAGUGAUGCUAGUUCAUUUCAGUUCUUGUCUUGUAUGACAUGCUGUUUUGAUAUAAAAUAACAGAAGGGGAUUGCCCUAUAAUAAUAUUAAUUGCUGCCUGCCGAACAUGAGCUGGAGAGUUACAGACAGUUUUUCUCAAAACUUUAAGAUGCUCUAAAAUAUCCUUUUGUUGAAAUCAUGAGGGUUUUUUUCAUAAGGACAGAGCAACUUCCUUAUGCAGUUUGAUUAAAAUCUUGAUACUACAGGGCAAUUAUUUCAGUGCUUCAAUCCUGACAUGUUACAGGCUAACAAAUGGCUCUGGUGUAUCUUUCUGUGUUAUGUAUUUCCAUUUCCCUUUUUGUUUUCUGUCUCUGAGCUAACAUUAGUAAACAUCAGUGCAAAUACAGCUUUUCUGAUGGCUGUCAGAAGUGUAGCAAUAUUCUUCUUAAUAAGAAGAAUAAAAGUUUCUGGGUUAACUGACAUUGGUUAUUUAAAACAUGGCAGCAUUUUUCAAGAGCUUAGCCUGGCUAACCCAUCACCACUACUCCCAAAGAAACAUGAAAGCAGGCUCCAAGAGUCUAAAAUAUUUAUACCCCACCACCCUUACCAACCCAAGGCAGAUUUAAUUUGCCAGUCACAACCUAACUGCAUGUGGGAUAGUACCUGUCAUUGAUGCAGGGCAUGCUCGUUUCUUUGGGCAUGCAGCUGAAUAUGAUUACACCAAACAGUAAGGACGCCUGCUCCCUGGCCCUGAGAAUCUUAGCCUGAAGAACACAAAGUUAUCAGUGAGAGGUCUUGCUUACAGAGUGGCAGCAUUGCCUUUAAUUUUUUCAAAUCCGGAAUUUUACAUUUUCGUAAAGGAAUCUGGGUUUCUUCUCAUUAUAUUGCAAAACUUCAAACUUAAUUAUAUAUGACUCCUAAACUAAUAACAUCAAAGAGAAGUCUUUAACUGUGCCCUCAAGUAUAGUGGCUAGAUCCUGUUGCCUAGGUAAACAGUGGCUGUAAGGUGUAAUUUGCUAAUGUAGACUAUAUUAUUUUUUACAGUCUUUGUAGCUCCAUAAUAUGUUCAACAUAGGUACUAGUGUGGAUAUGCCUGUUGGUGUGGUAGGUUAUCACUGUAGAACAGUGGCCUGCCUUCAGAAAUACUUGAUCAUUGCCUGCAGCUGUCUUUGCUGACUUAGGAACCAAACUUCAGCUUUCCACAUUUAGUUGUCAAAAUUUUCUGAAGAAUUUUUUGAUGUAAAGGAUUGUUCGAAAUAGGCUUUAAAAGUAGUCUUCAUAAGAGUAUGUUAGGAUUUUUCAGUUUAGAUGCGAGCAAAUCAUUGAUGACUAUAACAAAGUGUAAUGAUGGCCAAGUGGAAACUGUAGGUCAUGUUUUACUGUACUGUCAUUUCUAUAGAGAUCUACACACCAAC